CGUUUCACUAUAGUCAGCAUACAGAGAAGAGCGAACGAUUGACUAUACGUGGUCUCUGGCUAAGCGAGCACUACUCCGGUCUCCGGUGUUCCCGUUUUUCGAGGGAAGGCUUCGAGCUUCGUUCUGCCCGCUCUUUCGCUCGGUCGCGAGCGAGCGCGCGCGCAUUCGACUCGACUCGACUAGGCUCGCACUCGCACAUCCGCGCUUCGAAAUAGACGGUCGAGACUGCGAGAGACGGAGAGAGGGAGAGAGAAAGAGAGACGAGAUACGUGCAGAGACAGGCGAGCGAGGCGAGCGUGUACACAGCCAUCGAACGCGGUGAUUCGUACGGAGGCGGACGUGCGAUAGAGCGUAACCGAGGCCGUUUCUCGCGAAGGAAAAAGACUGUACGCGAGGCGACGCGACUCGACGCGAUUUGUGCAUCGCGUUGUCCUCGUCGUGUUCUCGUGGUUGCCGAGAGCAUCGUCGAUGAAACCGUCGGCGGGAGUUUACCGACGUUCGAGCGUGGACUCUUGCCGCCGUAGUGGAGACCGUCGGGAGACAAGAACGUUGAGAACGGUUACAUGGAAUCCGUCGGUAUACCGUGUUCUGGCAGACGAGAGGAUCGGAGACGUUGACGAGUAAAUAGAGCGAGAAAGGGCGAGAGAGCAACGCACGUACCCUGCGGAACGCGCGCGUACAGUCUCGUUGCGGCCGAUCGAAGCACGCGAGAACCGUGUGUAUUCCGAGAGAGUUGAUUCGGUAAAUCGUCGGUGCAUACGUGCGACGUGCGACGUGCGUGUACGAGAGCCGAGCGGUGGGGGAAGACCGUCUUUGCUUCGCGGACAUCCGGCGGGGAAUCCGCACGCAUUCGCAUUCUCAUUCGUACGAGAGCCUCUCUCGUCGGACCGAGGGAGAAAAGGAGAGAGGAAGGAUCUGGCGCCGAGGGAAACACAGUGGUCUCGAGUUCUCGGGAGACCGAGGGAAAGAGAAACAGAGAGAAAGAAAGGAGGUUCCGAGUGUUCCCGGCUCCCGUAUCUUGAGCGUUCUCCUUUCCGACGAGCCUAUAUGAGCUCAGAACGCCGAACCGCUUGAACGACAAUAAUAUAAAAGUAUCACCGUUGUCGUCGUCGUCGAUAACCUUAUUUUCGUAACGUCGAUUCCCGUGUGUGUCCGUCCGCACACAACCGUCGAAAUUUUCGGUACGAAUAAUAAGGGUGGUGAAAAGAGGUGGAAGGACGUGGCGGAAGAGAAACAGAGACGGAAAGAGAAAGAGAACGAUCGCGUCAACGAGGGGGAACCGUCAACGAGGAAGGAAGAGCAAGCGAGAGAAAGAGCGAGAGAGCAAUACACGCCGAGUGGUGCUGCUCCCUAUUGGCGACGUCGAGUCGCGCUCCCCACCCGGGACAGUCGAACGAGGUCCGAAGGCGAGUUCUCGGCGUGUAACUACGGUGAUUUUCCCUUACGAGAGUGUACGCACGAGACCUCGUAGCUGAACAGAGCUUCUCGUACCCGCGUAAACAUUGUCACGGCGUGUUCGAUUUCACGCGGAUACACCGGUAAAUAUCGUUUCGGUGACGUCGUUCUUGGGAGCACGAAGGAGAUACCUUUACGUAGAAAUCGAAAAACGAACGAAAGGAAGAAGAACGUCGAUCGGACAGAGAGAAAACGGUGGUGCCAGUGCGAAACUACUCGUCGCGUCUCGCUGAAUCUCUUUGAUCCGGACACGCGUUCGAGACACUGCGUGUGUGCAGACCGAUCGUGAACGCGUCCCACGCGUGUGUCGCGUAUCACCGCCGCCGGUGAAACCGAGAGAAUUCGAACGAGGCAGAGGGUAAAAUAGGAUUUCUCGCGUGGUCGGUCCUCUCCCGAGGCACGCGCGGAGAGGGGUGCACCAUCGGAUCGCGAGAGAGGGAGCGUGCACCGACGGUGAGCGAGGACAACACACACAGCACACAUCGGAACAGCGGCGAACCGUGUGUGAGGUGCGGUGAGGAGAGGAAAAGAGAAGGAGGGACACACUCGGAGAGGAAAGGAAAGAAACCGCCGGAGUCCGAGAUACGCGGCUUCGUAGAGGAUAGAAGAUCAGCAAGGGUAGGAGGGAGCGAGACGGAGCACGCGUACGAACGAGCGACGGAGACGGGCAUAACGUGCGGAGGCGCUGCUGCUGCGCCCCAACGGCCGUUCCGAGAAGCUCAGUUAUCACAAUGGCUUCCGUGAAAGACACAGCGACUUUCUUCGCGGAGGGUACCGCGAAUCAGUUCGAACACGUCCUCAAGCUUUAUCCGCAGGCGCUCAGACUGAAGGCGGAUCGCAAGACGAAAAAACCCGAGGAGCUGAUCAAGUUGGACAACUGGUACCAAAAUGAGCUUCCAAAGAAGAUCAAGUCCCGCGGCAAGGACGCCCAUCUCAAUCACGAGGAGCUGGUGCAAACGAUGAAGUGGAAGCAGAUACGUGGCAAAUUCUACCCCCAAGUGUCCUACUUGAUCAAAGUGAACACGCCUCGCGCAGUCAUGGCAGAGACGAAGAAGGCGUUCAAAAAGCUUCCGAAUCUCGAACAGGCGAUCACGGCUCUCUCGAAUUUGAAAGGCGUAGGCACCACGAUGGCGUCGGCCCUGCUGGCGGCGGCGUCGCCGGAGAACGCGCCGUUCAUGGCGGACGAAUGCCUGAUGGCAAUACCGGAAAUCGAGGGCAUCGAUUACACUACCAAGGAGUACCUCAACUUUGUUCAGCACAUUCAAAACACCGUGGAGAGGCUGAACAAACAAACGACGAACGGGAAGCCAUGGAGUCCGCACAGGGUGGAACUAGCGCUGUGGACACACUACGUUGCGUCCGAGCUGAAGCCGGAGCUCCUCGACGGGAUUCCAGGCUCGACGGAGAACGGGAACUCCCAUCCGCCGAGCAACGGCGAGGCAACAGAACCGUCGGAUGACAGUAAUCAGGAAGUGGCGGUGAACGGCAAGGAGCCAGGCAGUAUUGAUCCGGCGGCCAUCGACGAGAACAGCACGACUACCUCCUUCACCGAGGACUCGAUGGAUAAACCGGCGACUCCGAUCACAGUGGCAGUCGCCAGCGAAGACACGAACGAUUCCCUCGCCACGAACGACAACGAGGACAGUAACAAUACGCCGCGACCGACCGACAGCGAGGACACCGAGGACUCGCAAGACGCGCAGGAACCGCCCAGCAAGAAGAGCAAGAAGUGACCCACCACCAGCCAGGGAGCCACCAAUGCGAGCAACAACGUCAGCACCCUCGUGUCGGCCGCCAAUCUAACGCUGAUCGCAGCGAGGCGCUUCUAAAAUCCGCCAGGGUCACCGAUCAGGGUCAAGGAUAGUAGACCUUGUAGCUACCAUCGCACCAUCACGAUCGUUUCUCGAUGAUUCUCCUUCGCUUCAGCUCUCUCUUUCUCUUUCAUUCUUCCCCCCCUCCCUCUCUCUCUCUCUCUCUUUGCCUUUCUCAUGUAUACACACUCAUCCUCUUUCUUCCUUUCCCAUGAAAACUCAUCGUUUGUUUCAUCUCUCCUCAUCUCCCCUUCUCGCAUCACCGACGAUAUUUCUCGAGUUCCUGUUCUUAAUCCGUUCCCCGUUUUAUUUUUAUAUGAUUCUCACGCUUCACGUUCGUCACCCAUGCACUUCUGUCUCCUUGCCAAACACCUUCGUACAAUCUUCUUCUUGAGAUUCUUGUGUAAAAUAGAGCAUUCUCGUACACACGAUGGACUGUUACACGCGAAGGCACCUUGCCGGUUUUUAGAUCGAUCGCGAGGCUUCCCCUGUCGAUCGGGGGCAGAAAGAAAAGAGGUAAAGCUCUCGGACCAACGUCUCGAAGAUCACGCACGCGGACUCGCCUUUUUCUUUAGCCCAUAGUUUACUUCGCUUUCUCUCGACGAUUCCCAUUGACGGAACAUCGGUGUUUCGUUUGUUCACGAAUCGGCGGAGGAAAACACUCGAGAGGCCGUGGAGCUUUUCCUGUUUUUUCUGGUAUUCUGCCGCGGAUAUUAUCCUCUGUUCUCGGCUUGUCCGAACGAGGCGAUCUCGAUGCUGCCUUUUUCAGCGGAUUCGUUUCCCAGCCUCUCCUCCUCCCCCUCAACAUCGUCCUUUCCCAGCUUUCACGUCGCUCGGCAGUGAAACGACCGUAGCCUUUUAUCGACGAGAACGAUAAUAUCAUUCCUUUGUACCAUGAUUUGUACCGCGUGUUCAAGGCUGCCGAUGAAUUACGAACGCGAUUCGAAUAGGUCGAAAACACACGUUGACACGCUUUUUUGGGUAUACACGUAUAUAGCAUAUAUAUAUGAGCGUAGUGCGUUCUAUGUGUGUAUUGUGUGCGCGAAUGCGUGUAUGAGGAAGACGUAGAGAAAGAAAGAAAGGAAGAAAGAGAGAGCGCUAACGUGUGUGUGUGUAUAUGCGUGCGCGCGCGCGCGCGCGUGCGUGUGUGUGUGUGAGAGAGAGAAAGAGAGAGAUAGUGAUGCGUUCUGAAGAGAAGAAAGCGAAGACCGUAAAAUUAGGUGUUAGAGAAAGAAAGAUCGAGCAACUGAUUCCGUGACCAGCAAGAGAAUUAACGGGGCGGUACACCGAACACACAAUGAUAAUAUUAAUAUUAAUAAUUAUUAUAAUUAUAAUACAGAAUCAUUACCAUAAUUUAUAUACCUAAACGAAUCUGCAUGUCGGAGCGAUGCAUAAAGCAAAACCAAAUACCUUGUAAGUAAAAGAAACUUUAGAAGGAAAUAAAAGUAACGCUUUUUUGAAUCCACCAAGAACGAGAGAACGAGUGCAAGUGGCGACAGACCUGGAAAACUACACACUAUACACACACAUACUUAACACACCACGUAUAUAUGUAUAUACAUAUAUAUGCAUACAUACAUACAUAUAUAUACAUAUAUAUAUAUAUAUAUAUACACAUACAUAUAUAUAAAUAAACAAUUGAGAUACGGAAGCACCUCAUCCACACGCGAGACACGAUAUCACCAUCAGCAUCGUCGUGUCGAGGUUUUCGUGUACGGGAAUUUAACUAGUAUUUUUGCAAUUAAUUAAACAGUUAUCGUCGAUCGUUCGAGCGAACACGAAACAGAGAAAAAAAGAGCUUACGAUCGACGAGAUGGAAUACCAAUAACGACGAUAUCUCGAUGAUGAUCGAGAUAAAAAGAACGAACCAAGCGAUCCGAACGAGUACGCUAUACAUACAUACUAUACGACUAUACGGAGCUAUUUAACGCGAAGAGUUUGCGACCGACUACAAAACACGGAAAAAGAUAGACAGCAAGAGAGUGAAAGUGAAAAUGCGAGAGAGUGCAUAAUAGGUUGUGUGUGGCCCGAACAUGGGAACGAGAGAACGUGAGCGUGUGAAAAAACGAGAGAGAGCGAGAGAUAAAGGAAAUUACAAGGAGGAAAAGAAAAACCACUAUAACUUGAUCGAAAAAAAACGUUCAUUCAAAUUUUAUAAAUAUACAUAUUAUAUAAAUAUAAAUAUAUAUUUGUAAUUUAGAACACUGAGCGGUCGAGGGGCUGCCCUUUAGUACCGAAUCCUAUUAUCAUUUGACACGCGGUCGCACUUCUUUCGCCUGCACGAAAGAGAAUUCAAAACGGAGAGAGCCGGGACACAGAGGAGACUUGAGUACUUCCGGUGCAUCAAUUGUCAGUGUGUCGUUGCAUCCCUCUCCUUUAUAAAAUACGGAAACGAACCAGCGGAGAAAUACAGAAGGGCAAGAGGAAGUCGAAGACAAGAGGAGAAAGAGUAUAAAUGGAGACGCAGCCGGCGUUGAUGAUCAAUCUACUCAAUAAAAACUGUAGCGAACAGUUCUAUUUA